AUGGUGUUGCCAUGUGACUUCAAUGAAUACUCGACUAAGAAGUAUCCAACUAUUUUGAGGGUCUAUGCCGGACCCUCCACACAAGCGGUCACGGAUGCAUGGUACCUUUCCAACGAUAAAGGUGUGUUCGAUGCAUACCUGGCUACCUCCCGAGGCUACGCGGUAGUUUAUAUUGACGGUCGUGGUUCGUCCGGUCGUGGCUCUAAAUACCUGAAGCCUGUCUAUCGAAACCUUGGUACCAUUGAAAUUUUCGAUCAGAUAAAUGGAUUUAGGAAACUUCUUGAAGAGUACUCGUUCCUUGAUGCCAACAGAACAGCCGUCUGGGGAUGGUCAUACGGUGGAUUUGCAACUGGACAUAUAGUCGAGUACGAUGGUUUUAACGUCUUCAAAUGUGCUGCUUCAAUUGCUCCGGUCACUAAUUAUCUUUAUUACGAUGCUACGUACACCGAACGUUAUAUGGGUCUUUAUCCGGAUAACGUAAAAGGCUAUAAUGGCACAAACCUCAUGAAAAACAUCACCGCUUUCCAGGAUAAAUCCUAUCUGAUCGCGCAUGGAACGUAUGACGGUACCAUCAUUUAUUUAUGA